UUUGUCACCCAUCACUAUCCGUGAAUGUUUGGUUUGAUUUAUAUUUAAAAUUCCCUUUUCGUAUAACGUUAGCAAUAGGUAUUCUAUAUCACAAUUUUAAGUUACAGCGAUGAAAAUAGUAAAGUACUGUUUUAGUGUAGUUUUGUUAGUCUGAUGUCGCGUGAUCCUAUCGAUUACCUGCGAUGGAGUGUCAGUCGAGCGAUAGUAAAAAAUUGUUCAAAGUAUUCGACGCCUCGAAACGCAAGCGCACCAGGAAGAAGCGGGAAGGACUGGACGACUCGAACUCCAUAGCCACGGAUGACUCUACAAGCGGUUGUCAAGCAACAGUGAUGCGCGUGUCCUCGGCCAAGGCGAGCCUGCAAGACAUUCCCACGGCGCAGACGGUCGCCGUCACCGGAGACAAUGUGGACCCCAAAAGAGAUCGGGACAGCAGCCCUUCGGUGUCCCGCUCGCCAGGCCGCGGCGACACCCGCCACUCGUGUCGCUCGCCGCGCCGGCAUCGGCGCAGCACAAGGGACGGCGUCUCCUUAGCACUCAAAGCUGGUCUAGUCUCGACUCCACGCUCCACUUCGCCGCAUCAGGAGGCCGACGGCGCUAUAGACUCCAUUCCGCAAGAUCAAGAUUCAUUCAUCUAUGCUUUCUUAGAAGAAGCCAUCAAAAGGGACAAAAAGAGGCAACGCGAGCGCCACUCUCGUCGUCACGAAGACCGGCGGAUGAGCCACGAGCACGAACGCGAGGUCUCCGGCCACCGCGAGCACCGCCACCGCCACCGCCGGCGCCACGAUCACGACGCCUCUAGGGAGCGGGACAGGCCUAAGAAAGAGGAGGCAGUAGCUCCAGCAGUUGAUCAGGCUGUUCUCUUCGAAACCUUUGCGAAGAUAUGCUCUCAGUUGAACGCGAAGUCUACUGCGUACGCUAACCCUGUGCCUCGAACUCUCAGCCAUAAGUCACUGCAGUGCGAAGUGGUGUCCCGUCGCGACUCCUAUGACGUAGACCACCACCCUGUGCGCCUGCGCAGCCACGAGCAUUCCCGCGAGAACGUGUGCAAGACGCGCAGCCAGGACAACUGCCGCGGCCGCGUCUACAGCCACGAGCGGAUACCGGCCAAUCCACGGCCCGACAAAGAUAAAUGCAACUGCUGUUACGACAAAGACGUCGCUAAAUAUUCCAGCAAACUCAAUAUGACUCGGUCAAAGAUGAGAAACGUCGACGAUGACAGAUACCCCGAUUAUCCCCCUGAAAAUCCCCGGAAUCACUUGGACCACGGCUACAGAUCUCGAGCUCCUGAUAAUAGAGAUUACAGAGACUAUGAUAGAGAAUUCGCGAAAGAAAAGCAUUACGAAAAUGAUAAGAGGAGGUAUUACGAUCAAAAAACCAGCAGGAGUUUCGAGGUUUCAAGAGAUGGGUAUCCUGACGACGAGAAGUAUUGUAGACGCACUGCUAGAAGCGAUAACAAUAAGGAGAAGCAUUAUGAUGAAAGAGACAAAUAUUAUGAAGAGAAGCACAUGGAUCCUCGUGAUCGGUAUUUGCCGAGUAAAGAUCGUCGCGUGAAACGAAACUUGGAUCGAUUCGAGCGGACAUCCGUCGCGUCGAGAGAUGACGAUUACAGGGAUAGAGACAGGGAUAGGUAUUCAGAACGGGAAAGAGAUUCAGGGCUAAGUGUUGCCGACGGAGAGAACAGCACUGUUAGCGGAAAGAGUAAUUACCUGAGAGUAGUCAAACAAGAAAUUGCGGAGCAAAGGGAAGCUAUGGACAAAAUGAUGAAGUUGUGGAAAGAGCUGAUGCGUUGUUUCAAAGGGAUGUCGACGCAAGGACAGACGAAAUCCGUUCACGUGAGCGAAGACAUAUUCUAA